UGCAUGGGCGGGUGAAUGCUCUGGGUCCGCCUUCGGCUUGUGCUGGGAAGAGGUUUCCGACCUGCUCAGGCUGGUUUGAAUCUUGGCGCUGGCGCCAAGAGCAGUUUAGCUGUUGGUUAGCAGAGCAGAAACUAUGUGAAGCAAAACUCUUUCUGAAUUCUGAAGACACCAUUUCACCAUGGGACAGCAACUUUCGGAUCAGACGCAGUUGGUUAUUAACAAGUUACCAGAAAAAGUAGCAAAACACGUCACCUUGGUUCGAGAAAGUGGCUCCUUGACUUAUGAAGAAUUUCUUGGGAGAGUAGCUGAACUCAAUGAUGUAACUGCUAAGGUAGCUGCUAGCCAGGAAAAACAUCUUCUCUUUGAGGUUCAUCCUGGGUCCGAUUCCUCUGCCUUUUGGAAAGUGGUUGUACGGGUGGUCUGUACCAAGAUUAACAAAAGCACUGGCAUUGUGGAAGCAUCACGGAUCAUGAACUUAUACCAGUUUAUUCAGCUUUAUAAAGACAUCACCAGCCAAGCUGCUGGCGUGCUGGCUCAGAGCUCCACCUCUGAAGAGCCCGAUGAGACCCCGCCCUCUGCAGCAUCUUGUCAGGCUAGUCUGUGGAUGGGCAGGGUGAAGCAGCUGACUGAUGAGGACGAAUGUUGCAUCUGCAUGGACGGGCGAGCUGACCUCAUCCUGCCCUGUGCUCACAGCUUCUGUCACAAGUGUAUUGAUAAGUGGAGUGAUCGACACAGGAACUGCCCCAUUUGUCGCCUACAGAUGACUGGAGCGAAUGAGUCGUGGGUGGUGUCAGAUGCACCUACUGAAGAUGACAUGGCUAACUAUAUUCUUAACAUGGCUGACGAGGCAGGCCAGCCCCUCGUACCGUGACUAGGGGAAGACGUUCUCUUGUUAUUGUGACCUACAAAUAUGUGUCGGUCUUAGAGGAGGAGUGGAGGGACAUUGUGGCACACACAGGAAGAUCAGCUUUCCCACCCUCUUAUUUUUGCUAUUCUGAUAAUAUGGCCCAUUCUUAAAUAAACUCCCAUGUCUUCCAUGUGUGGUGGGCUAAAGCUUGCUACUGUUUAGCCAUAUUUCCCACAGUCCCUCAGUUCUAUGUUGCUCUUGAGCUCUUUGCUACAGAUAGCAGCAAUACUUGACACUGCUGCUUCUCAGGGAGGGAGGCAGUGUUCUGGCAUAUUUUUAGGUAGGGUUAAGAUUCAGGGUGUUGAAAGUUGUACCCAUCUUGAGAUAAAUGACUGAAACUCAGCUGAAACCCGAGGCGAGUGUGCUCUGCCCCCUUGUGGUUCAUUGUGGGUCUUUCAACACUGUGGCCCAGUUGCUUCCUGGUUUUGUAUAUUAAAGGACAGUGGGUUCUGGAACUACUCUUUAUGCUGCCACGCUGUGAGGUUGGGACUUGUCUUGCAGAUGGACUUUACUGGAAAGAUCUUCAUGGCUGUUUUAGAAAUGUAUCUUCGGACUUGGGUAGGUGUCUGGUGGGUUUUUCAUGCUGCCUGUGUAGCUUCAGUUUUCAAAAGGAAAUUUUUCUUUAUGGCAACACACAUUUUAUAUUUCCAGGUAAAUUGAGUCAUCCUGAGCUAGAGUGCAUUUAUUUUAGGUAAAGGCACCUUUCUGAGGCUUCAGUUUCCUCAAAUAUCUCAGAUUAAAAGAAGAAGAAGAUUGGAUAAA